AUGUCGUUGGAAGAAGUUACUUGUGAGGUCAACAACAAUUCCAUUCAGAAUAUCAAUGAUAAUGUCCCUAAAAUUCAUAUGUGGUUUGAUACAAUUGAAGAAGUCAAGAGUUUUUAUACAAACUAUGUUGUGAGAUGCGGUUUUGGUGUUCGGAUAAGGACUUCUAGGAGAAAUAAGAAUAACGAGUUAAACUUCAUGAAAUUAGUGUGCUCUAGGGAAGGGAAGUACCUAUCUCCCAUUGCUCGAGAAUGGAAAGCCCAGCCAAGUCAAAAAACUCAAUGUCCUGCUGGAAUCACAGUUGUUAUGAAAGAAGGAAGAUGGCAGGUGAGAACAGUUAUUAAUGAACACAACCAUGACACGUGUCCGAAUAAUUUCAACCUCAUACAUGGUAAUCGAAGACUUAAUAUGCAUGCGAAGCACACCCUUAAUAUGAAUCAUGAUGCUGGUGUUCGCAUUAACAAAAGUUUCAUAUCCUUGGUUAAUGAUGCCGAUAGAUUUGAAAAGAUAGAAUUCCUGGAACGUGACGCCCGUAAUUACAUUGGAUAA